ACAGCGGUCAGUCGGCACGAGUCCGCCGUGUGAGCCACACACCAAAAUCAGUAUCAGGAUCAGGAUCAGGAUCACCUUUUGGGGAACUCCCGAAAUGAGCAAGAUGAUACUACAAAACUCGGGCAGCUGGACGCUUUGCGGAGCCCUGCUCCUUUUCGUCCUGCCGCUGAUACCCACGCCGGAGGCACUGCAGCACACCGAGGAGGGUCUGGAGAUGCUCUUCCGCGAGCGUUCGCAAUCGGACUGGGAGAACGUGUGGCACCAGGAGACGCACUCCCGCUGCCGGGAUAAGCUGGUCCGCCAGCUUUAUUGGGCCUGCGAGAAGGACAUUUACCGGCUGACACGGCGCAACAAGAAGAGGACGGGCAAUGAUGAGGCUUGGAUCAAGAAGAGAACCACCGAUCCUGAUGGCUCCACCUGGCUGCACGUGAACUAUGCCAACAUGUUUCUGAGAAGUCGUCGAGCGGAUGGCCAUACUCCAUCCAUAUCGAACGAAUGCUGCACCAAGGUGGGCUGCACCUGGGAGGAGUAUGCCGAGUACUGUCCUUCCAACAAGCGACGCAAUCACUACUGAUUGGCCAUCGACGCUGGAUCUGCUUAGAUAUAU